UGUAGAAAAUGCCAUCAAAGCCAAAGUGACGUCGGUAAACCAAUCGCAGAGCAGUUACUCCUGACAGUGGACGAAGUACUCGAGCUGAUUCCUUCGCGUCAAAAUUUGAGGAACGUAGCCGACAGUCUCGAAGAUUACAGCCUCGACGCGUAGACGACGAUAUGUUGGCGUUGUCAGAUUCGCAACUUGUGAUCAACAUCCGGGAUUGUAUCCAGGCUGUUGACGGAUACCAUUACUACGAAGCAUACCGAACAGAACCACGAAGAAAGUUCGGCUAUUCUUUCCUUUUUCGAUGCUCGCAAGAUUUCCAUGUGCAGGAUCAAGCUGCCGUUCGUUUACGAUUGUAUCGGCGUAUGCCAACUUUCUUGUGCAAUGGCCGCAUCAGCGGCAUGGUCGGUAGAGUGAAUGGUUACUUCCACUUGAACAUCGAACACUCCUGUGGGCAUGAGGCUGCACCUGCCGUCGAAAAUAACGCCGUCCCGCAAAAUGUACGUGCAUACAUCGCUGCAAAUGUCAUCGACUUGGAUGCACAACAGCUGCAUCGUAACAUUAUCCGUCAGUUUCGACAAGAAGCGACAAGAAUAACGCAGGGGCAAAUGUAUUACUGGGAGUGCCAGUCAAUCUAAGACCAAUAUACACUGCACGACACCAAUUCAGAUCGGCAGAGACGCUCGUCGGCAGAGCCGCUGACAAGGGUGUCCGUAAGGUAUGUCAAAAUGUCCUAAAUAAAUAUUAAUACAUGCGAGGAUCGUGUAUAUGUUCACUUCGAUGCGUUGAGAAAUAGACAAGAACCAUCAAUAUAGAACCAAUGAAAUUCAAUAACCAUUAAACAGAUUUUCACCUCAGCACAAAACA